GUAAUUAUUAAGAAAUCUAAAAAACCUGUCGGAUCCAGUUGAGUCCAAACCAAGUCCCCACGUCGAACGCAUUCCAUUCAAUUCUACUUCUCCCUUUUCGAAAAAUCCCAACGAUUCUCACCUUCUCCCCCCUCACUCCCAUUGGUACUCCCUUGAGUACUUCCAACUCCUCUCUCUCACUACAAUGCCAGCCUCUGGCAAGAACCACUCCCUCACGCCGCCGCCGAAACCAACGCCGGUAGUCUCCGGCAGCAAGACCCCCCGGCCCCCCGACGACGACUCUCUCUCCCACCACCUCACCUCCAAGACCUCGCUGCUCGGCCUGAAGCUCUACAUUGUCAUCGCAAUCUCCCUCGCUUGUCUGGUCGUGAUCUUCCUCUCGAUCUGCAUCUGCCUCCGUUCGAAGCGGAAAAAGUCCAAGCGCCGCAGGAUGAACGGUUCGGAUCGCUACCGUCCCAAGGAGAUUGUUGCCGGAAUCAACGGCUCAGAUCGCGCGGAGGAGUUCAAAAUAAUGAAUUACGAGGAGGAGGAGGAGAAGAUUUCUGAAGUGGAACAGGGGAGAUUGGGCGGGGGCAAAAUUGGAAGUUUUGGAAGCAACGGGUCGAGUUUAAGUGGGACGACGACGACGACGUCGGCGGCAGCGGCGGCGCGGGCUGGGGAAGGGAUGGGGUGGGGCAGGUGGUACAGCUUGAGGGAGCUGGAGAUGGCGACGGGUGGAUUUGCCGAAGGGAAUGUGAUUGGGGAAGGGGGGUACGGCGUCGUUUACAGAGGGGUUUUGGGCGAUGGGUCUGUGGUUGCUGUGAAGAAUCUUCUGAAUAAUAAGGGUCAGGCAGAGAGGGAGUUUAAAGUGGAAGUAGAAGCAAUUGGAAAAGUAAAGCAUAAGAACUUGGUGAGUUUGAUUGGGUAUUGCGCAGAAGGAGAAAGAAGGUGCCUCGUGUACGAGUACGUAAACAAUGGCAAUUUGGAACAGUGGUUACACGGUGAUGUUGGGCCUGUCAGUCCUCUAACUUGGGAUAUUCGAAUGAGGAUUGCAGUUGGGACGGCAAAAGGACUAGCAUAUUUGCAUGAAGGCUUGGAACCCAAAGUUGUUCACCGUGAUGUGAAAUCUAGUAACAUUCUUCUUGAUAGAAAAUGGAAUGCAAUGGUGUCAGAUUUUGGACUGGCCAAGCUCUUGGGACCUGAGAAAAGCUAUGUGUCUACACGAGUGAUGGGAACAUUCGGAUAUGUCUCUCCAGAGUAUGCAAGUACAGGUAUGCUCAAUGAGAGGAGUGAUGUGUAUAGUUUUGGAGUUCUACUCAUGGAAAUAAUUACAGGAAGGAUUCCAGUUGAUUAUUCGAGGCCACCAGGAGAGAUGAACUUGGUUGAUUGGUUUAAAAAUAUGGUGGCAAGUCGACGCGGCGAAGAGUUGGUGGACCCCCUGAUUGAAGUACAGCCCCCUCCGAGAGCUUUGAAGAGGGUAUUGUUAGUUUGCCUUCGCUGUAUAGAUUUGGAUGUUAAAAAGCGACCAAAGAUGGGGCAAGUCGUACAUAUGCUGGAGGAAAAUGAGUUCCAUUUUCGAGCUGAACCCCGCUCAAACAGAGAUACAUCACCUCUCAACUCCCCAGCGGCUAGCUAUGACUCAUAACCUUUCUGCGUGCAUCCAAGGAUGUAGAGUGGGUACGUGGUGAUGCCCAAAGAUCAAGAUAGAGAUGAACACUCUCUGCUGAAGACGCGAGGCAUGGAAAGGUAAAAUAUUUUUGCGGAGUGUAUAUUAUUUCUGGCACUGAUUUACAAAGAGGGAUCACAUUGUUUUAUCUUUAUCCUUCAACACAUGCCCUUUCAUUUUUUUGUAAGAUAUUCAACUCAGCCAUGUAAAUACAUGCUGGUUUCCCUCAUUGGUAGAAUUUAUCAGCUCCUUUGGAAGUUACCAAAA